GCGGCGCGGCGGGGUCGGGUAGCGUCAGCACCCGGAAGCGGCCGCUCUGGGACGGUGGUGCCAUAGAGAAGCUCUGGCGGGGCCGGGCGGGGCUGAGCCGUCCGGCGGGUGGCGCCCGGCGGCGGGGCCGGGGCCGGGGCCGGGGCCUGCGUGAGCGCGAGCGCGGCGUGGCCCGAGCCCCGCGGGGGGCGGCGGCGGCGGUAGCGCCAUGGCGGCUGAAGGGAAGGUGACGGGGCAGAGCCAGGAGCAGUUCCUGCUGCUGGCCAAGGCGGCCCGCGGAGCCGCCCUCGCCAGCCUCAUCCACCAGGUGUUGGAGGCCCCGGGCAUCUACGUCUUCGGGGAGCUGCUGGACAUGCCCACCGUCCGGGAGCUGGCCGACAGCGAGUUCUCCCCCGUCUUUCGCCUCCUGACCAUCUUUGCCUACGGCACCUACGCGGACUACCUGGCUGAAGCAGCAAACCUCCCUCCCUUGACAGAGGCUCAGAAGAACAAGCUGAGGCACCUGUCAGUCGUUACUCUGGCUGCCAAGAUCAAGUGCAUCCCCUAUUCAGUGCUGCUGGAGCAGUUACAGCUGAAGAACGUCCGUCAACUGGAGGACCUCGUGAUUGAGGCUGUGUAUGCAGAUGUGCUGCGAGGGAGCUUGGAUCAGCGGAACCAGCGCCUGGAGGUGGAUUACAGCAUUGGGAGGGACAUCCGGAGGGAGGAGCUAAGCACCAUCACCCGCACAUUGCAGGAGUGGUGCCAGGGCUGCGAGGUUGUCUUGUCGGGCAUUGAAGAACAGGUUAGCCGGGCCAACCAACAUAAAGAGCAACAGCUGGCACUUAAGCAGCAGAUAGAGAGCGAGGUGGCAAACCUGAAGAAGACCAUUAAAGUGACGACAGCAGCCGCUGCAGCAGCCACGUCCCAAGACCCGGAACAGCACCUAACAGAGCUCAGGGAGCCGGCCCCUGGCACCAACCAGCGCCAGGCGAGCAAGAAAACUUCCAAAGCCAAAGGGCUCCGGGGCAGUGCGAAGAUUUGGUCUAAAUCAAACUAGUUGGAUCUCCCUUCGCAACUGGGAGGGUGAGAGGAAGAGAUUUGGGGGAUGGAGGGGUAGCAAGGGUCCCAAGUGUGAUGCUUCUGAGCUCUUCCCCAAGACCCAUCUUGCCAACGAAUUCUCCUGCAUGUUUGUUCUCUUUCCUGUCUUCUUUACUGACUUUCCAGGCAAUGCCUCCCUCCUCUUCAUCACAACUUUUCACAUACUCUAAGCUUCCAGUCGUAUGUGUUGCUGUUUCCCCUACCCCUCAAGCCCCCAUUGCCACGGCCAUGUGUUUCUCUCUUUCUCUCUCCCUGUCUUUUGACAGGUUAAUUUAAAGAGCCAUAAAACUGGGUUGGUCACCUUUGCAGCCGCAGGGCAUCACAGAAGCUCGGAAAGAGUGCGCUGGUGCUCAGCAAUCAUGUUGGCUCUAUGAGACCCCUGGGAUACUUUGCUCCAGGUUGCAGCUGCCAUGUUUGAUUGUUUAAUCUUUGUUUUACUAGGCGGGAGGGUAGUUUUUGAAGGGAUUCUUUUAAAAAAAAAAAAUAUUAUAAAUAUAUAUAAAACAAUAAAAAUAUAGAUCUAUGGACAUAUCUAUACAAA